CGAAUACAAACAACACCCAAUCAAUAUCUCGCAUCACAGACCCCACCAAAAUACAAUCACAUCGAAAUCGAUUAUCUGUGCCAUGUACCGUACGACCUGCUCUACCGGCGGAUAUCAGCAAGGUCAAUGGAGCCAAGUACAAGUAUGUCACCGUUGACACGUUUUAGGCAAUGACGCAGGGUACCCUGGAUGGUAGGGAUGGAGGAUGGAAAACGGCAACGACAAGUCGGCAGGAUCCUAGAUUCCGAACUCGACGCGGUCACCCGGCAACGAAUGCACAAUCAGUGAUUCACGGAGCAGUGUGGACGACCACGACAUCUGGCGGAAAAGCGAACCAGGGCAAAUUCCCGCGACCCACGGCUGAGAGCGUCGACCUCAAAUCCUCGAGAGGCUGGGCGCAAUACCUGGAAUUCGCGGAGCAUGCUACAGCCCACAAGCGUAUGGCCAUCUGCCACGAGUGGAUAGACCCCACUGGCCAUACUAGACGACGGAGGGUCGUCGACAGUCUUCGCCCAAAGUCAGCGAAACAUCCCACCUGGCUCCCCGGGCACCAUGUGCGUUAUCAACUUCAACGUCACAGCCGACUGCCACGUGAACCCCAACAACCACGGGUACACCGUCCAGUACGUUCACGGACGCUUUGAUGCUGGUGAUCUCAC